AUGGCGAUCAAACCAAGUAAAUGUGGAGGCAAUGAUAAGAGAAUCUGGCUGAAUCAUAGCACAGGCCAAUACACUGCAAAGUCAGACUACUUCAUUGCCCUAGAAAAGAACUACCCUAUGCUGAUGGAACCAAAAGUCCACCACCAAGACUGGAAUCAAGACAUCUGGAAAGUUCCUAUGACGCCUAAGAUAAAGCUACUAAUUUGGAAAAUCAAACAUGGCGCUCUACCAGUGGGAGAAGUUCUAAUGGCAAGACAUAUUAUUCCCUCCUCUAAAUGCAUCAGGUGCGAUUGUUCUGAAUCUAUCAUCCACCUAUUCUUCCAAUGUCAUUUUGCUCGUAAAGUUUGGGAUUUAGUACCUGUAUCAGGAGGCUUUAGAUGUGACCAAGUGGAGACCUUUGACGAGGGCUGGAAGAAAGCGCUUCAAUCCCCUGUUCUGCCUCCCAUAGGUCUGAUCGACUGCUCUAUUGCUCCCUGGAUCAUCUCAGCAAUUUGGACGGCAAGGAAUCUGCUAAUCUUCCAAAAGCGAGAAUUCUCAGCACAAGAAACUAUAGUUAAAGCUAUUUGUGAUGCAAAGGAAUGGAAAGAAGCCCAAUCUACCCUCUCUACCCCAUCGUGUAAAAUGCCAUACCAGCCAAGCAAAGGUGAUUCAGAAUUUACAUGUAGGUCUGAUGCAGCUUUGAAGAAAGAGCUCAGUUCUGGCGAGGGACUAGCAAUUCGUGCGGCGAUGGUGCAUGCAAUUGCUCUGCAGCAGAGGACAGUGGUCUUCAAGUCGGACUCUCUUCCAUUGGUGUCAGCGAUUGUCGAUGAUUCAAGCUACUCUGAGAUUCAUGGAAUCCUCUCUGAUAUUCGUCUCAUAUCUAUCUCGUUUGUUUCUGUUUCAUUUUGUUUUAGCCCUCGAGAAAACCUUAAAUUCGAGUAUUCUUUGGCUAAAAAAGCUUUAAGAGACUUUGUAUUAAACCCGGUUUAA